AUGGCUCAAACCCCCGCGACCGCGGGGUGGAGUGCUUUGACGAAACCCCGGAUAUCAGCAGUACCACAGAAACCUCACAUUCCUCCGGCACUUUCAAGCUUGACACACGCAAUCGGUCGGCUUCAGCCCGAUGCUGCUGUAGAAGAGGUCCACGCACAUCCUAGCUGCGUUCUGCUGUUCAUCAGGUAUCAUGCGAAACGCGUGAGCCAUUUCUUCCCAGGAAUGCCUCGCCGGAACACUUCCGCCUGGCCUCAAUUUCGGAUCACGAGCACGAAGGAGGAGGAGUCUUUCGCAACAUCUCCGCCCGUACCGGAGAGCAUUAUUGUUUAUUGUGCUUGGGGAAGAGUGGGAUAUGCAAACCAUGCGUCGCCCAGUGAACCGCGAACUCUGCUCCUCCUGAGCUCGACAGUGCCACCACCCGUGACCACCGCUUCGAAGUCAUCCCACGUUUACUUGAAGAGUGCUGCAACUGUGCACACUUCAUCUUUGGGCUUUCUGUAG